GAGCACUCGGCCGCAGCCGUCGCCCGCCGCGGAGGGUGCUGCUCCGCGCCGCUGGCCAGGCCGCCCUGUGCCCGGGCCUUUCCGUCCUUGGAGCGGAUUGUUGCCCGCCGGGCGCCCGCCUAGAGCGACAGCACUCGCCAGAGCUGAGGCCGCGGUGGCGGCUGUGCCCAUGCCCGGGUGUCCACACUAAACCACUUUCCCACCAUCACUGCACCUUGCCUGGCCACUGGGACUGCAGGUGGCCACCUAUUCCCAUCUGUGGCUGAGCUGAGGCUACUUCUGUGAGAAGGCCCGACAGAUAGGAUGGGCGAUAUGGCCAACAGUUCCAUCGAAUUCCACCCCAAGCCCCAGCAGCAGCGGGAGGCCCCCCAUGCAGGCGGCUUUGGGUGCACAUUGGCUGAGCUGCGCACCCUCAUGGAGCUCCGAGGGGCUGAGGCACUACAGAAGAUCCAGGAAGCCUACGGGGAUGUCAGUGGGCUUUGCAGGAGGCUGAAGACCUCACCCACAGAGGGACUGGCGGACAGCACCAACGACUUGGAGAAGCGCAGGCAGAUCUAUGGGCAGAACUUUAUCCCUCCCAAGCAGCCCAAGACCUUCUUGCAGCUGGUGUGGGAGGCCCUGCAGGAUGUGACCCUCAUCAUCCUGGAGGUGGCCGCCAUCGUCUCCCUGGGCCUCUCCUUCUAUGCACCUCCUGGAGAGGAGAGUGAAGCCUGCGGGAAUGUAUCAGGUGGGGCAGAAGAUGAGGGGGAGGCUGAGGCUGGCUGGAUCGAAGGGGCCGCCAUCCUGCUGUCUGUCAUCUGUGUGGUGCUUGUCACGGCCUUUAAUGACUGGAGCAAGGAGAAGCAGUUUCGAGGCCUGCAGAGCCGCAUUGAGCAGGAGCAGAAGUUCACAGUCAUCCGGAAUGGGCAGCUCCUCCAGGUCCCUGUGGCUGCACUGGUGGUGGGGGACAUCGCUCAGGUCAAGUAUGGAGACCUGCUGCCUGCCGAUGGCGUGCUCAUCCAGGGAAACGACCUGAAGAUCGAUGAGAGCUCUCUGACAGGCGAGUCGGAUCAUGUGCGCAAGUCAGCUGACAAAGACCCUAUGCUGCUUUCAGGCACUCAUGUCAUGGAAGGUUCUGGAAGAAUGGUGGUAACGGCCGUUGGUGUAAACUCCCAGACAGGCAUUAUCUUUACCUUGCUUGGAGCUGGUGGAGAGGAGGAGGAGAAAAAAGAUAAGAAAGGAAAGCAGCAAGAUGGGGCGAUGGACAGUAGCCAGACCAGAGCUAAAAAGCAGGAUGGGGCAGUUGCCAUGGAAAUGCAGCCCCUGAAGAGCGCAGAGGGUGGGGAGAUGGAGGAGCGAGAGAAGAAGAAAGCCAACGUGCCCAAGAAGGAGAAGUCAGUUCUACAGGGGAAGCUCACGAAACUGGCUGUGCAGAUUGGAAAAGCAGGGCUGGUGAUGUCUGCCAUCACUGUCAUCAUCCUGGUCCUCUACUUUGUGAUUGAGACCUUCGUUGUGGAUGGCCGGGUGUGGCUGGCAGAGUGCACGCCCGUCUAUGUGCAGUACUUCGUGAAGUUCUUCAUCAUCGGUGUCACUGUGUUGGUUGUGGCUGUCCCUGAGGGCCUGCCUCUUGCUGUCACCAUCUCCUUGGCUUACUCUGUCAAGAAAAUGAUGAAGGACAACAACCUGGUACGCCACCUGGAUGCCUGUGAGACCAUGGGCAAUGCCACUGCCAUCUGUUCAGACAAGACGGGCACGCUCACCACCAACCGGAUGACUGUGGUCCAGUCCUACCUAGGAGAUACCCACUACAAAGAGAUUCCAGCCCCCAGUGCCCUGACCCCCAAGAUCCUUGACCUCCUGGUCCAUGCCAUCUCCAUCAACAGUGCCUACACCACCAAAAUACUACCUCCAGAGAAGGAAGGCGCUCUCCCACGCCAAGUGGGCAAUAAGACGGAGUGUGCUCUGCUGGGCUUUGUCCUGGACCUGAAGCGGGACUUCCAGCCUGUGCGGGAGCAGAUUCCAGAAGAUAAGCUUUACAAAGUGUACACCUUCAACUCAGUCCGCAAGUCCAUGAGCACGGUCAUCCGCAUGCCUGACGGCGGCUUCCGCCUCUUCAGCAAGGGGGCCUCGGAAAUCCUGCUCAAAAAGUGCACCAACAUCUUAAACAGCAAUGGUGAACUCCGAAGUUUUCGUCCUCGGGACCGGGAUGACAUGGUGAAGAAGAUCAUUGAGCCAAUGGCUUGCGACGGCCUCCGUACCAUCUGCAUCGCCUACCGAGACUUCUCUGCAGGCCAGGAGCCCGACUGGGACAACGAGAAUGAGGUGGUGGGUGACCUCACCUGCAUAGCUGUCGUGGGCAUUGAGGAUCCCGUUCGGCCUGAGGUCCCUGAAGCUAUCCGCAAAUGCCAGCGUGCAGGCAUCACAGUUCGCAUGGUGACUGGAGACAACAUCAAUACGGCCCGGGCCAUUGCAGCCAAGUGUGGCAUCAUCCAACCAGGAGAGGACUUCCUGUGCUUGGAAGGGAAGGAGUUCAACAGGAGGAUCCGCAACGAGAAAGGCGAGAUAGAACAAGAGCGGCUGGACAAGGUGUGGCCCAAGCUGAGGGUGCUCGCCAGGUCGUCUCCCACCGACAAGCACACUCUAGUCAAAGGGAUCAUCGACAGCACUACUGGUGAGCAGCGGCAGGUGGUGGCAGUGACUGGAGAUGGCACCAACGAUGGGCCAGCCCUCAAGAAGGCAGAUGUGGGCUUUGCCAUGGGAAUUGCAGGAACUGACGUGGCCAAGGAGGCCUCUGACAUCAUCCUGACCGAUGACAACUUCACCAGCAUUGUCAAGGCAGUCAUGUGGGGCCGCAACGUCUAUGACAGCAUCUCCAAGUUUUUGCAGUUCCAGCUGACAGUCAACGUUGUGGCUGUGAUUGUGGCCUUCACAGGCGCCUGCAUCACUCAGGACUCUCCUCUCAAAGCUGUGCAGAUGUUGUGGGUGAACUUGAUCAUGGACACGUUUGCUUCUCUGGCCCUGGCAACGGAGCCUCCCACAGAGUCACUGCUGCUGCGGAAGCCUUAUGGUCGGGACAAGCCCCUCAUCUCUCGCACCAUGAUGAAGAAUAUCCUAGGCCAUGCGGUCUAUCAGCUCACCAUCAUCUUCACCCUGCUCUUCGUUGGGGAGCUCUUCUUUGACAUCGACAGUGGGAGGAAUGCACCUCUGCACUCCCCGCCCUCAGAGCACUACACCAUUAUCUUUAACACCUUCGUCAUGAUGCAGCUCUUCAAUGAGAUCAAUGCCCGCAAGAUCCACGGCGAAAGGAACGUCUUUGAUGGCAUCUUCAGCAACCCCAUCUUCUGCACCAUUGUCCUGGGUACCUUUGGAAUUCAGAUUGUCAUCGUCCAGUUUGGCGGGAAGCCCUUCAGCUGCUCCCCUCUGUCUACAGAGCAGUGGCUCUGGUGCCUGUUUGUUGGUGUUGGGGAGCUGGUCUGGGGACAGGUCAUCGCCACCAUCCCCACCAGCCAGCUCAAGUGCCUGAAGGAAGCUGGACAUGGGCCUGGGAAAGAUGAGAUGACCGAUGAGGAGCUGGCCGAGGGGGAAGAGGAGAUAGACCAUGCUGAGCGGGAACUGCGCAGGGGCCAGAUCCUCUGGUUCCGGGGCCUCAACCGGAUCCAGACGCAGAUGGAGGUAGUGAGUACCUUCAAGAGAAGCGGGUCAUUUCAGGGUGCUGUGCGCCGGCGGUCUUCGGUCCUCAGCCAGCUCCAUGACAUCCGGGUGGUGAAAGCCUUCCGUAGCUCACUCUAUGAAGGCCUGGAGAAACCGGAAUCCAAGAGCUCCAUCCACAACUUCAUGGCAACGCCCGAGUUUCUGAUCAAUGACUACACCCACAACAUCCCGCUCAUCGAUGACACAGAUGUGGACGAGAACGAGGAGCGCCUGCGAGCACCCCCACCCCCGGCCCCCAACCAGAACAACAACGCCAUAGACAGCGGCAUCUACCUGGCCACGCAUGUCACCAAGUCAGCUACCUCUUCAGCAUUCUCUUCCAGGCCCGGGAGCCCGCUCCACAGUGUGGAGACGUCCCUCUAACCAGAACUUCUCUCAGCACAUGCACACUUGGACUCACAUGCAGUCACACGCACUCACGCACACACACGGGGGGCGGGGGGAGCCCACACACCUGCCAAAGAGGGAAACGACUAAGGUGGCUGAAGAAUAUUCUUGUAAGAAGCCAAAUCCAUCCAGUAAGGUGCAGUCCAUCAGGCCUUCCAUCUGGGACAGAGGAAGAGGAGGAGGAGGGAGUAGAUGGGCAAGUGGAGGAGGAGGGGGGAGGUUCUUCACCCAGAUGGGAAGAAGGAGAAAGGAGAGAGCAAGAACAGGUGUGCUCCCCAGUUUUUUUCUACCAACCCUUUUUUAAAGAACACUACAAUUUCACCAUGUGUUCGCCAUUUUGGCUGUGAGGUGGGGGCAGGGGCUGGUUUGGGUUUAUUGGGAGCUUCAUUGCACCCACUAGCAAGCAAUCAGAUCUGCAUACCCGCACCAAAAAAGGCCAGCGUUCUACAGGGUCAGGAAGGGUGCCACUGCCCAGACAGGCCACCGGAGGGAGCCGCCUGCAAGUGUACCUGCAACUGCAAAGCGACUCAUCCUGAGUACACUAGAACCAUCUGCAGUCCCUGUGUGUGCAUGUGCAUACAUAUAUGUGUAUGUGUGUCUAUAUGCAUAUACAUAUAUAUGACAAGAUGCAUAUCUAAAGAAUAAGGAACUAUUGGCAUGAUAUUUCCAUUCCUCUUAUUAGGCGUUUUCCUUUUGAAACUUCAUUACUGAAUGUAGCAAGUUUUUUUUCAGGGAACUAGGCUGCAAGAAUAUGUUCUCAGUUAAUAUCUUUUCUUCCCUAACUCCUGGCCCCUCAGGACCCCACCCCCACCCUACUGCUUCUCCUUCAUAGCCCUGCCAAUUUCCCAAGGAGGAAGUCUGGGGAGGGAUGCUCGAGGCCUGGAGGCCUUACAAUUGGAACAUUUGCACUUUGAGACCCCUGCCUAUAGAGGAGAAAAACCUUUCAAUGGGAUUUUUUAUUUAAAAGGAAAAUACCAAAGUAUUGAUUAGAAUGGCCCCCCUCCAGUAGGUGGAAGGGGAAUUUUUGUUUUGGCUUCCUUUGGUUUUGAUUCCAAUUCCAAAUCCUUCAUUCUGGCUGAUGGUUUUCUUUGUCUAACUCCUACUUCAAGAGCAUGAAGCACUGUGUGUGAGCUAUGGGUUCUACAGCCCCUGACCCAUCUAACCCAAUGGGUGGACCCAGAGUCCUUGGGAGAAGCCCUGGAAGAGCAGAGACUGAUCGCCCCCAAUACAAGACCAGAGUCCAAUAGAAAACAACUGAAGAAGAGGGAUCAUCAAAACCUAAGAAGCUGGGCUGGAGGUAUGGCUCAGUGGCAGAGCGCUGGCCUAGCAUGACAAGACCCAGCACCAAACCAAACAAAAAAACCCAAGAAGCUGACUUGAGGGAAACCAUCCAGACCCCAUCACCCUUGACACCACUGCCUGGGCUCCCACUUUGUGUUUUGGCAAAUGCCAGGAAGCACUCACCGGCCCGCCUCAGUGUCUCAGUGUCUGCUGCAGCACGGGUAGUGUCCCCCUGCCAGAGCACUCUCCCAACCCUGGUCUUCUCAGCCAAAAGAUAAACAUAACCCACAAAGGCAUGGAUUUGUGUCGCUGCCACUUCCGGCAACAUUAGAGAAGCAAAGCCUCUUGGAGCAAUGGCAUUUUGUCAGUGUUGCUGUCAGUCUCAUCAUGCCAGUGAUUCAACUGGGGCCAUAGUGGUUGAACAAGGGGCAGGCAGGGCUCGGAACCAUCCAGGCAGGCAGGGCUGGUCAGCAGGCCAGGAGAGCUGGGCCUGGGGUUCCUGAGAUGGGUUCCCCAAGCGUCUCUCCUGGCAAAUGCAGGCACCCAGCACACCAAGCCUCGUAUUCCUAAAGAGCGAUAACCCAAGAGGAAAAUGCAGGGAAGGCAGGAGUGAGAGGCUCCUGAUGUCUGGGACAGAUGUGCCCCUUUCCCAUGGAAGGCCAACACCCUCCUGUGCCUCCAGGUUCCAAGUGUGGACACCCACAGUGACACCAGUGAAAUGGGCAGCACUUUACCCAUGAGGUUCCUUUACCUUCUGAACUCACGGGUGUCACCCAUCACAGGGAGGUAACUGGGGUCUCACCACAGACCCCACAUAAGCCUACUGCUUAGGGCUCAGCAUCUGGGACACAGGUGGAAGCCAAGGGGUGUACAAUGAGAAUAAAUGGAGCUCCCCAGGGAGCUGGGCCUGUCACACCCCCAUCCUGUACUGGAAGCCCAGUGGUGGCCUUGCCUCACCUCCCCAGCAUCCAUGCAAAUCCAAAAGAAAACAUGCUCUGCCCCAGCAUUCACAUUAAUGCCAUGUCACCCCUGAGCAGGAGUAGUCAAAUCUCGGGCAAAAGAAUUUCAGUUAGAAGAGCAAAUCCCACUUUCCAAUGCCAGCUGCGGAUACCUUAAAGCCAUCCCUUUUUUCUAAAGGGCACAUUGAGAAUGUUACUCAUUUGUAAAUUGUUCCCUGAUGUCCUUGUUCAAACCACCACAACAAAAAAGGGCAACUCAAUUUGUUGAGGGUCUUUGUGUUCUUCAACAAGAAAUAAAAUUUGAAGCGUUUUGGUUGAAGAAGGUCAGCUGUAUACGGCCACACUCAUGGGCUUCUUUUCAUCCUCUGUUGUAGACACAUCGGUAGAGCAAAUGGCCACUAUAUAUUAAAAAGCAAACCCUCACUGCUGCUGUGUAAAGUUGCCUGAUGUAAAUGUUGACUGUGUGGUCCCUCAGUUGCCUUUGCGCUGGGCUGUGGGGUUCGGGAAAGGGGCACUGUGAGCUUGCAUCUUUUGUUCUGAUUCUUGUACAGUCUUCAGGCUGAGGGAAGCCCCUCUUUCUAAAGCAUUAUAUUAUAUGGAAUGGCUUGGUCAACUGUGUUCAGUUAAUAAAUAUGUUUUACAUUUUUAUCUGCCUGUUAUAAAGAUGAACAAAAAUAUCUUAAUGAGGAAGACCACAGAUGCAUAAUAAUUUUAUGUCUGUAGUGGAAUUUUUCCUAAUUUAAAGAAUAGACCAAAAUUUCUGUGUAUAAAAAAAAUGAAAGGCUCCUACAAUCCUG